UGUCUAAAUUGACCAAUCAAUGUGGUUUUCAUAUCCUGAUUGAACUCCUGUAAUCAAAGGAUCUUCCGCAUCCUCAAAUUGACCAUUCAAUGGUUGAAUUUGAUUUGAAUUUUCGUUCCUUAUAAGAUCUUCUACUCCCUUCUUUAAUAAUCGAGAAGUUUGGGUUGUUACACAUUAGGCGUUCCUUGUAAGGGAAGCAUUUGACUGUCAAUAGUUCUAGAGGACAGUGGAGAUAAAGGAUUAUCAUUGAAACGGUCUUAUCUGACAAAAUAUUAUUGUCCAGCUGUUCUCUGCAAGGUCUAAGAGCCUAUUUAGGGUUACAUUUUCGUAGGCAGGGGCCAGUUUGAUAUCUACACUAUUCGACAUUUUAUUCUAAAUCCAAGCCUCUUCCGGUUUCCUCUUGCGUUCUGUGAUUCUAUUAAAAAUAAUCCCCAAAAAUACCAUUUGGUAUUUUUUUCAAUUGUUACGGUACAUGGUCAGUAACCAUCUGUAUUGCUAUUUUUUCUGAUUGGAUUCUUAUUUGGGCGCUCUGCAAUUUUCCUGGCAACCAUCAUUUGCCUUAUCUUUGCGUCUAGAGAAAAUCAAUUUACCCAUCUUUUCUUGUCCAAGUUCAAUAAAUCAAGCAUACUUAAUUACUUUGCAGCAGAAUGUUAAAUUGAUUUACAUCUGCAUUGGUUUGUGGUCUCAGUUGUUUUUGUGGGUGGGAGAGUUCAUUAACAAAUCCACCCAUCUGCAUAUGAUAAGAUUUUUCAUAAAUAUAUCAUACAGAAAUUCACCCAUCUGUUGGGAAACGGGAUUUUGUAGAUAUUUUUUGAAUUUUUAAAAAUCAUCGUUGUAUAAAAAUCUACCCAGACUUUUUGCAGACAUUGGUCAAUUCAAAUUUUUUUAACAAGAUAUUUAGCUAUUCAGAGAGAUUAUCAAAGCUACAAAUGUGUUUUGAGUAUUGAAGGAGGACGCUGUUGUAAGAAGAAGAAGAAAAACAGUUAGAAAGAAAGGAUAAUACCAAAGAGGUUAAGGACAGAGUUUUGAACAAAGACUACUGUAUCUGUCAAAUCUUGGGCUGAUUGUAAGGAUGAUGAUGAUGACUACUAUGCCACCGACCUACCCCAUGCCUGUUGUGAAGAUAAGUCCCAUAAAGAGCCAUAAAAACACUUUUGCGGUUUUUCGAGGAUUGCAAUCCACUGAGCAGUCAGCUUUUCAAAAGACUACUUUAAAGUCGUCUCUGGUCCUGAAGAAGGAUGCGUCGUUUCUAAAAUGUAGAUGUGUGGCUGGAAAUGGAUCUUUACAAAACGCUGGAGGAGUUGAUAAGGCACACAUUCAAAUGGGAAAUCUGGUCACACCUAGCGGUGUUAGCGUAAUUGGUGUAGGGAAAGGUCUAGUGACAGCAACUGAGUUAAACACAGACAAAAUUGCAUUUGAUACGGUGGAUGCAGAAAUCACCCAGGAAGCAAAUCAAUUUUUUGUUAGUGAAGAUGAUGAUGAUCAUGAUUCCCCGUCAAAGGGGUUUUGCUCCAUCCCUGAGGCAAUUGAAGCUAUCAGACAAGGAAAGCUUGUAAUCGCAGUGGAUGAUGAAGACAGGGAGAAUGAAGGCGAUCUUAUUAUGGCAGCAUCUUUAGUAACCCCUGAAGCAGUGGCCUUCAUUGUGAAGCAUGGAACUGGGAUUGUUUGUGUUGCUAUGAAGGAAGAGGAUCUAGAUAGGCUUGGACUGCCUUUAAUGGUACCGGACAAAGAAAAUGAAGAGAAACUUCUUACUGCAUUUACAUUGACUGUGGAUGCAAAAGUAGGCACAUCCACAGGUGUAUCAGCAACAGAUAGGGCCAAUACAAUACUGGCACUUGCAUCUCCAGAUUCUAAACCUGGUGAUUUUAGGAGGCCUGGUCAUAUAUUCCCUUUAAAAUACAGAGAAGGUGGAGUACUAAAGAGAGCUGGUCAUACGGAAGCUUCUGUUGAUCUUGCAAUACUAGCAGGAUUGAGCCCUGCUGCAGUGCUUUGUGAAAUAGUUGAUGAUGAUGGUUCAAUGGCACGCUUACCAAGAUUACGAGAGUUUGCCAAGGAGCAUAAUCUGCUUCUCAUAUCUAUUGCAGACCUUGUUAGAUACAAGAGGAAACGAGAGAAGUUGGUUGAACGAAGUGCUAUUGCCAGGCUGCCUACAAUGUGGGGACCAUUUCAGGUGUACUGUUACCGUUCAAAGUUGGAUGGCAUCGAGCAUGUUGCCAUGGUUAAGGGCAACAUUGGCGAUGGACUAGAUGUACUGGUAAGGGUUCAUUCUGAGUGUCUUACUGGGGAUAUCUUUGGUUCAGCAAGGUGUGAUUGUGGAAACCAACUUGCACAAGCCAUGCAACAAAUUGAGAAAGCUGGCAGAGGAGUUUUGGUUUACUUGCGUGGUCAUGAAGGACGCGGUAUUGGUCUGGGACACAAACUCCGAGCUUAUAACCUCCAAGAUGAAGGCCGUGAUACUGUUGAAGCUAACGUGGAACUUGGACUGCCUGUUGACUCUCGCGAAUAUGGGAUUGGAGCACAGAUCCUGAGGGACAUAGGAGUUCGGACUAUGAGGUUGAUGACAAAUAAUCCUACUAAGUAUGGUGGUCUCAAGGGUUAUGGAUUGAAAAUAGUGGGCCGGGUUGUUAUUAAUCCAACAAUAACAGAUGAGAACAAGAGAUACUUGGAGACAAAGCGUUCUAAAAUGGGCCACAUUUAUGGGACAGAUAUAUCACUGCCUUUUUCUUCACUCCUUCAAAGCAAUGUUACUGACAAAGCUGCCUCCAAAUCUUCUUGAUUUCUUACAGAUCAGACUCGAAGGUUGUCGAGGAUAGUAAUGAAAUUUCCAAUUUUUUAGUUCUUUCACAUAAAAAGUGGACUGAAAAGGCGUACUCAUUGCCUUUCACUAGCACUGCUAACUACCCUUCUUCUGUGUUUGAUCUGAUUACACUUUUGUUGCUCUAAUUUUGACAUAUUGUCGAAAUAGAUGGUAACCAUUUCACAUCUGAUCAAGGAGGAAUUGUAUUUUGUAUUUAAUAGUGGGGUUUACUAAUAAAAUUCAUUUCAUUGAAGAGUAUGGAAAUGUUGCAAGACUGGAAAUAUGUAACCUAUUUAUCGUCCCCAACUAAUUGGAAAAUAUCAGUGCAUUCAUUUUUA